CACUGUGUGACUGUGAUGUGAUGUGAGAUCGUUGACCGCUUAUUUUGCGUGAAAUAUUCUAAUUUUCAUAACGUAAUGAGCGUUAACAAAUUCGACGAUGUGCAUCCUUUAUCCAGUAGCUUGGACGAAGUGGAUAGUCCUCGGAAACGUUUGCAUAUUGAAAGCCCGGCUCGUAAAAGUUGGAGCUUGACGGACAGGAAAACUGAUCAGGAGGUGUUGCAAGAGAUGGGAGUAAGUUUUCUGGAUUCAGAUGAAAAUGAGCAGACUUGUGAGGUAGAACCAGUUGGCAGUCCACACAAACCAAAUCUCAAACGGAAACAUGACAUAGAGAACGUGAACCCAAAUGUGAACAGCAUCACUUCACCGCGCUCCAAGUUCAGUCCCCGGAGCCCCCGAGGCAAGAUCUGCAGCCCCAGUCCGGGGCCUUCUAAAGCCAAGAGCCCGAGGGCUGCGACAAAUGGAAGUGUAAAACCACUACACCCAACGGACCUAGAAUCAACAUUGCUCCACGACUAUGUAAUUGAAGAAGAGACUCCGAUGGGUCAGUCGGUGGCAGUUGCUCCUCGAUACCUGCCUGCGUCUCCGGGGCAGUCACCAUUGUCCAUCUAUACUGACACCAAGGAUGGACAGGAUAAGGAUAUGCAGAAGGACAACUGUCAUUCACCCAUAGCGGAGCUUCAACUGGCCAACUACCAGACCGGUGUGGACUCCUUCUCAGUGUUAUCAGACGAGAUGAUGCUGAGCGUGUUCAAGUGGCUACCCAAGCGGACCCUGGCUCACUGCAUGCUGGUCUGCAAAAGAUGGCACCGAGUGGCGUGCGACGAGACGCUAUGGCAAAGACUGGACUUAGGCAACAAAACGCUUAACAAAAACGCCUUAGAAAGGAUAUUAGGACGACUACCUGUUAUUGUUCGGCUCGCCAGUUCAGAGGUCGCAGAAUGGCACCCAACCUCACCACCAGAGCAGUCUCGAGUGCAGUACUUAGAUCUCAGCAUGAGUACCAUAGACCCUCGCACACUGGACUGCCUUCUAGAACGAUGUGGAGGGGUCAAGAAACUCAGCCUGGAGAGUAUUAGGGUGCAGGACAGCACGUGUGAACUUAUUGGUAAAUGUAGUAAUUUAGAAACGUUGAAUUUGACGAUGGCGCAAGGAGUCACGGCCGAAGGAGUGACUGCGAUACUAGAAGGCUGUGUUAGUUUACAAUCACUGAACAUAUCUUGGUGCAACCUAAGCGAAGCGGCGCUGACGGUGCUUGUAUCAAAAUUGCCACAGAAAUUGCAGCGGCUCAAUCUGGGCGGAGCCAGGAUUAUGACUGACGAGAUGGUAGCGACCCUGUGCUCUCGAGGUUCCCGUCUGCUAGAACUGGACUUAUCAGACUGCUCCCGCCUGGGAGCCAAAGCGGUGACCUCAGUGGCUUCCCUGCCCCGGUUAGAACACCUCGCGCUGAGCCGGUGCUAUCUGCUGCCUCCACACGUGCUCACCAAGCUGAGUAGUAUGCCGUCGCUACAGUAUCUAGAAGUGUGGGGGAUGCUCCAGACAGCCUCGCUCACCGCGCUUCGGGCUGCCUUACCCGCCAUACAAGUCAACCAGUUCAUGUUCAGUGCGAUAGCGCGGCCGACCGUUGGUGCCAGAAGAACAUCCAUAUGGGGACUGCGGACUAGAGACUGACUUACAUAUUAACAUAAUAUAUCUUUUACUAACCUCCUAGGGCCCACAGUCCUACAUACGGAAUCAUUUUGUAAGUACUAGCCAAUCUUUGCAUAGUGAAUUUUGAGGUCAUAAUUAACUCCUUUUACGAUGGGACAAAGACCUAUAUAACUUCGUAGAGACAGAUAAAGUCUAAGAAAAAAACGUACCCCAAAACCAUACAGAAAAAGGUACGGUGAGCUAGA